CGGGGGACGCACGCGUAUCGCCCCUCGCGGUAUUGCUGCCGAUGACGACAAACGACACCGAGGGACGGGGCGAGACGCGCUCUCGUAUAUUCGGCCGCGCUUCCUCGCGCCGGCGGCCCGUCGCGAGACAGUCGUCCGGACGCGGUCCCUGUACAACAACGUCACGGGGUCCAGCGGAUGCCGCAGUGCAUCGUCAUCGGCGGCCGUUCGUGUCCGACAUAUUGCGGGCUCACGAAAAUAGAUUAAGAGGAUGCGGAGCGAUUGUUGCUGAUGCACGCACUUGUUGCUGUGAUCGCGUCUCGUGACGUAUAAAUAACGGUUACCGUCUCGCGGACGAUGGUCACCGUCGAACGACGUUUUCGUGGAUCUCAUGAGCGUCGCGACGACGUCUGCGCACGUCGACGCGUCGACGCGUUGAGCGUCUCAUAACACGAGGCGAGAGCGAGUGCAUUUUGCAUUUAGUUUCACAACGAGACUGAGCUUUAUCUUCCUCGCAAAAUUUUUUCCAACCGGACGGACAUCCUUAUGUAGCAAGACAUCGGAAUAUGCUUGAAAGUGCGUUAGCCGUGCUGUUGGCAUGGACACUUGCGACCCAGCAAGGACUGUGCGGCAAAUUGGAGAAGAUCGCCCAACAACCGAACAACGUCCUGGUGGAUUAUUAUGCUUACCGUCACAUCUCGAUUAUCCACUUCAAUGUGCCCGAACUCUCCGUCGCGGCCGCCUUCAAAUUCACGGCGAAAGAAGAGAAGACUGGCGGGAUAGGUAGAUGCAUGCCACGCAAUGUCUCGUUGUACCUAAAGUCCGGCAGUUUGCCAUUCGUCCGUCCCGAUAGAUCGAAAGUGGCCGCAAAGUUAAUGGAGAUGAAGAAACGACGGCGACAUUACGGCCUGGAAAUGCAGAGCAACGGCGAUCAAUAUGUGAUUAAGAUAGAGGUACCAUCGGCGGGUGAUUGGUAUGCGAUCGCCUUUCGAUCUUGGACCGAUCCUGACACAGGAAAGAUCAGGCAACAAGGUCUUAGCGCAUCCUGUGAAACUGUAUUGGAUGCCGAGAUGUUCAUCGAGACACCAGCAACAAUGUCGCUGGUCGAUGCCGAGGUUGAGCAUGAAGUGCAAUUGCACGAAGCAUCCGAUACAACGAUAGUGCAGUAUCUUGUAUCGGACGUCGGUCUGGCGGAAGUGAAUCUAGCUUUGAACUCGUCCUGCGGCGAAGAUUGCGAGAUUGCUGUUCAUGUCACGGCGGAGGACAACCUCGCUGACGGUUUGCUCAACUCCACGGCGACUAUGCUGCCUUUCAAGCCUUAUGUCAACGGCUUCCACUACGUGACUCUUCGUCUACUGAGUGGAAGUGCGUCGAAUGUGACGAUGCGAUUGGACCGUCGAACUAACGAGGACGAACAGGUGACGUCGGUAGUGCUGUUGAGGAAGUCCUUCCCGGAAUUCUUCCUCUUUGAUUACGAACAUCUACGCAGUAAUGACACAAAGCCCCAGCCGUUCAACGUUACCGCCAACGCUCUCUCCGUCCUUAGCUUCGAGAUCGGUCGAGUGUACGAUGUGGGUGGUACGGUGACUUUGGGUUUUAAGCUGGUCGACGUGGAAGAAAAGUACAAGAAGAGCAUCGUCCUCGUGGCCUGCGUUUCUUUAGGUUAUUACUCCAACAUUACCUCGGGCGGUGCUUGUGCUCGCGCGCACACCAUCACGACAGCGGACAUAUACGCAAACGCGACCGAGCCGGCUUACAUACACAUUCCGUUUCCCGAGACGGGAAUCUGGUACGUCAGUUUGCGCGUCUAUUGUCCCGAAGAGGAGACGACGACGAUGACGAUGACAACGACAACAACAACAACAACGACGAUACCGACGACGACAACGAGUAACAACAAUAACAGCAGUCACCGCGGCAUCAGUAGUGCUUGCUUUUGCGCCCGCAAUUGUCUGCGAGGUGGCAUCGUGUGCGAUAAGUGCGACUGCCUGCCUCGCUGCACCGUCGCCCAGGUGGAGAGCAUCGUGUCAUCAUCACCGUGUAUUGAAGGCCGCUGCGGUACACGUGGCAAGUGCAUGCAUUAUAUGAGCGGCGGUUUCGUGUUCUCGGCAUGCUACUGCACUGGCGGUUACCGCGGCUUCGACUGCGCGGACGCGACCUACGUUCUUAGCACCGGCGGCAUACUCCUGCAAUUGCUCGCCCUGACCUUUAGCAAUCUCGCCUUCCUUGGCUCAAUCUACGUGGCGAUACGCCGCGAGUAUUUCACUGAAGCGGUCGCCUACGCUGCAGUCAUGUUCUUCUCGACGUUCUACCAUGCUUGCGAAGCCGGCGAAGACGUCUACGGCGUGUGCAUCAUGCGACUGGGCGUGCUGCAGUUCUGUGAUUUUUUCAAUGCACUGCUCGCCAUUUGGGUGACUCUGGUGGCGAUGGCGUCGUUUGGACCGCGGUUGACCGCCUUCAGUCAGGUAGCCGGCGCGAUUGUACUCGCCAUGGGUGCUGAGAUGGAUCGCACGGCGCUCUGGGUAUUUUUGCUGCCUGCUGUCACUGGUACUGCCUUGAUCGGCCUGUCCUGGGGACUCAGAUGCAGGAGGAAGCGAACUAUCAGAUAUCCCUCGCGUCCAUACAGAAUUAUCUAUUUCCCAGCCGGAUUUCUUCUCGUCUCUCUGGGCCUCGUGUGUUACGCCUUUCUGCAAACACGUAAGAAUUAUUAUCUUAUUCACAGUUUAUGGCACGUGUGUGUGGCAAUAGGAGUUAUUUUACUUUUGCCAAAGCGCCAAUAUAUGAAGUGAUAGUCCAAAAGCCGCGUUCAGGAUAAAUUUGAGGAGACCUAAUCAUAUUAUCAGAAAAACGCGUGAUAGUAAAUAACCAAAGAGAUAUCAGGGAAAUUAUUAAGAUGUUAACAAAUAGAUGUCAUUCGAUGAUCCGACAGCCUUUAUAUAAAAUAAAUCAAAUGUCAAAUUUUUAUUUUGAAAGACGAAUAUUUCAAAAUUUUAUGUUAGUUUGUAGCAUCAAACUUUCGUUAAAAUUCUUAUAAUUUUUAUUUUAAUAUUUGAUUUUUGGAUAAAUUAAGAUAAGAUUUCUAGAUAAAUUAAAUUAUUAUAUUACUAAAUUGCAAAUUAACUUUUAGCAAAAAAACUUUAAUAGUAGUUUCUUUAGAGGAAAAUUUCGCAAUUUAUAAUCUUGACUUUUUAUCGUAUAAAGACGCUUGAUUAAUUUUGUAUAGAAAAGUUGUUUGAUUGAUCGAAUAUAUAGAUGGAAUGCACAUAUUAUAUAUUAUAUAUUAUAUAUUAUAUAUUAUAUAUUAUAUAUUAUAUAUAAUAUCACAGAGAUGUUAUUCUUCUAAAAACGACGGUGUAUAGAUAUAUGAGAGGGUUUUCAAAGUGAAAUAGAUUUUCGAAAAAGGGAUAACUAGAUCUAUCGAUAGUAUACGCUAUUUAGCAAUAAGAUGCGACGUAAAUUCGACGACAGUAUUAAAUCACGGGUAAAUUGCCCGUAAAGAAAAGAGAUUUGCGAACCUGAACAAUUCAGCGUGACUCUGAAAAGUAGGUUCUUGCUUAUUUUUUGACAAACAAUAAGAAAGCUAAAGAAAAUUAUCGAUAAUAUUUAGUUGCUUUUUAUUUAGAUUUUGAUAGAGUUAACAAAUAUCUGUUGACUAUAAAGAUUAAAUUUCUGGAAUAAAAUAGAAAGAAAAUUAUUAUAAUUAUUGCUGAAGUAUUGAAUUACUCUUGUGAUGUUGAAAUUUAUAAAAAUGUAGUUAUCUAUUGUUUAAUUAAACUUUUCGAAACACGUUUUGACAUUCCGAAAAAUCUUAUCGAUUACACAAAAAUUUUUAAUGUUUCACUAUAUUUUUUAUUAAUUUAGUUUUUUAUUAAUUUAGUCGCACAUGACGACCUAUUUGCAAGGACCAACACAUAUAUUUCUAGGAUACGUAAAAUAUCUGAAAUGCGUGGUAAAGAAUUUCUCGUGUGAGUGAGGCUUUUUAUUUACAUAAAUAUUUCCUCCAUAAUCUCCUAUCAACGUUUACUAUUAUUAUUGUUACAGCGUUAUUAUAAUACUCUGUGAUUUAUAAUUACAUAUUAAUUUUAUUGUUCUUAAAAAACAAUUUAAUGACAGAACUUUGUAAAAGUAUGUUAUAUAUGAUAAGUAUACAUUCCUUAUUAUUCUCGUUUUAUGUAUAGAAAAUAUUAAGCUUUAAUUUCUUUUUAUUAGACUUGAAUAAUUUAGUGUUUAUCUGAUAUGUAAAUACUCCGAUAUGAAGAUAAUGCGAGCGUAGAAAUGUAAAUUUAAGAGAAUAAAUCCUUUUUCUCUUGAGAAUCUACAUCUUGUACAUAAACGUUCUUCUGCGAGAAUAUACGAGGGUGAAUAAAAAAGUAAAGAUAUAUAUCUUUUCUAUUUUAUACUUUUGCAUCUUAAAUUUAAUGUAGGAAUGUUAAUGUAGGAAAAAAAAACACAUUUAUAAUACAUAUAGAAAUUAUAUUUUUCUUUCUAUAUAAAGUGUGAAUUUUUUAUAAUACACAUGUUAAAGGACGGAAUGAGAAUCUAUUAUAUUUAAUAGUUAACUUUAUUAGUUAGUAGUAUUUUGCGUUGAUCUUCUAAUUUUUGCGAGAAUUGUUUUAAAAAUAUUAUAGAAAAUUAUAAAAUUUCUUUUCUCUUUUAAUCGACUUAAUUUUUCAAUUGAUGAAGACAAUUGCAUUGUAACGAGUCAAAAGAGUGAAAAAAUGAGAAAGAUGCUUUAUGCCUUUACUUUAUGAUUCACCCUCGCGUCUAUGUGUGGGUGAUGUGCGUAUUGUUGUCCGAAGAGAACGUCGCAUUUAUAGGGUAAAACGAUGUUGUCAUGGGCAGUGCCUGUACUGAUUGUUGACACGUAUUAAGAGCGACGCAAUCGCGUCACGACUCUAGUCGAUUUUAUUUUUUUCAAUGUGAAAGCUGUAAACUAUAUAAUAUUUUCUACAUAACUAAAAGAGAGGGAAGGUGUCACGCUGAGUGCACGAACGCGGGGGGUUCGACAGAGGGUUUCACUUUUAUUAUUAGUUUAUACGCAUACACGCACACACACACACACACACACACACACACACACAUAUACACAUGUAAUUCUCUAUGAAAUAAAGAUGAGAUUAUCGUUGUACAAA